UUCUUAUUUGAUCCGUGAGGUUUGUGAUCCUUUACACCCCUACGUAUUAAGACUGAAGUGUGUAUGUCAAUCGGUAAAUCAGCAUCAAUCUUUUUUUUUAAGUUCAAAAUUGAGGAUGCCAAACACAAGACGUGGACGGCGCAGAGCUCAGGAUAAACAGCAAGGUGAUGCUGAAGGUGAAAUAGUUGAAGUAAGUCCAUCUGCCCCAGUAACACCCCGCUUAAAUGUUGCACCAACUGCUGCAGCAAUGGUGGAAAAACUGAAAGAGGAAAACAGACUUUUGAAAGAGGAGCGGGACUUUCUUCGAGAGCAACUAAAGGACACCCUUAGCUCCAAACAGACAGUUUCAGGAGCAAAACGAAAGCUGGGUGCAAGGAAGGAUGAUGAAGAUUACAGCUCAGACACAGAGGACAGCUCAACGUCCGAUUCGUCCGAUUCAUCUGCAUCUUCAAAGAGCAGAAAAAGAAAACUCAAGUGCAAGCCCAAAAGUAGAAAGCACAAAGGUUGGAAGGAGAAAGAUGACUUUGCACGGAGAGUCCAAACCCCGUUGGAGGUAUUACAACGGUACAAGACCAUUUUGAGGUCAUUCCAGAGAACCAAGAGUGUUUCCCGAAGCUGUGAGAGAAGCAACAUCGACCGAAACACAAUCGCUCUCACUGCCAUCAUAGCUGAGCUACAGAUUGUUGCCACACCAGAACUCCAAAUCCCUGAGUUUCAAGGUGGUACUCUGCAACAAUAUGCACAAAGGUGCAAAGAAUAUUUGGAUUCAAAUCCAAAUCUUGCGCUAAAAAUUGAAGAAAUGAAAAAGAAGCACAGUCUGUUGCCCAUAAAGUACAAAUUUAGAAAAGCAGACAAUUAACCAUCCUGACCAUAACAUCCUUUGUUCUUUGCAUUGCAUUUUAUUAUAGUUCGUUUUCUCUGGGUUUUGAGUGGUCCAACAGAUUAAGGCCACUAUAAUCUGAAGUUAUUCUGAGGUUAUUCUUACCAUAAGCAUUCAUUGUCUGAGAGAGGACAAUUGGCCUUGCUCUUUCUGGGUGGGUAAAUGGUGCUCUUUCCCACAUCACUGCUAGUUUGAUGCCGAUCUGCACAGGUGUCUGUUAGCUAAUAUAUCAAUGCUGAGUUGCUGCGCUUUCCUCCAUCUCUCCUGUAUAAGGAGCAGUUGGAAAAGCAGCAGUAGCUGUGUUCACUCUUAUAGGAGGAGUUUUGAGGGCAUUACUAGUAAUAGUGAGGAGUAGUUGGCAGAAAUUUCAACAUUAUAGAAAAAUAAUAUUUUGUUUUCUCUGAUGUUUGUUUGGAAAUUUCCGUUGAUUUUUGUAUGCCAAAACUAUUUGCAAUGAUGUUCUGCUAAAAACAUGGCUUCUGUUACCUGUUAAAAAAGGUUAUAAUCUUUACUCAAAAAAGUGUGGUUAAAUAUGUUUCUUAACUAAAGCAUGCACUGCAUUUAUUUUGUUUGCUUUUUCUGCUAGACAUAUGUUUGCAGUAGUUAUUUGAUAAAUAAACCAGCCAAAAAUGUUGUCAA